GCUAUCAUCGAAAAUCGUACUUGUGACAUUCGUAUGGGAAGAAAAUCAGUAUUCAAUAUGAACUUCAUUGCUUUCAUCGCUUUUCUGGUGCUAGCCGUUGAUACCGAUAAGGCACCAGUAACCGCCAACCAGGAUUGUAUCGACAUGGAAAAAGAUGCUGAAGAAAUAAGACAGUGCUGCGAUAUCGCUAGUCCACUUGAGAUGGAGAAUAUUCAAAAUUGCAAAGACAAAUAUCAAGCCGAGCUAGGAUCAGACAUGCCGAAUUUUGUGAAUUGCAUCUUCGAUUGUCACGCCCGUGAGCUCGGAGUGCUGAACGAUAACCAAGAGAUUGAUGAGGCGAAAAUGCUGGCAGUUGUCGAACAAAUGCCCGACGAGGACGUCAAGAAACUGGUGGGCCAAAGCGUAAAGGAAUGUUUCAAAGCUAAGGAUGAAAUAAUGGAACAGAGCAAGGGUCACAGCAUGAAAUGUCACCCGCUGGCAUUCAUGCUAACCGAGUGUAUCAUGCAUGCCGUGUUUGCCGAUUGCGAAUCACUUCCAAACCACUGGAAAGACUCCGAGAUUUGCACAAAGAUCAAAAAUGGAGCAGCACCGUGCGCUUAGGAAUUCAAUGUCAAUACACACAUAAAUGAUAAUUGCAUAAUGACACUGGUAAAAUUUAAAUAAAGGACGAAACUGCUGGAACAUC